AUGAUUAAACGCAAGGUUUGGCUACUGCCAAAAAUACAAGAUAUUCUAAAGGAACAAAAUGGCUACAAGUAUUUCACCAAGCUUGACCUUUUGAUGUUUUUGUACACCUUUGAAAUGGACAAAGCGUCCAAGGACCUUUGUGGCAUUGUUACAUCCUUCGGCAACUAUCGUUACACGCGUCUUCCUAUGGGCGUCAAACAAUCUCCUGACAUUGCUCAAGCACACAUUGAACAGCUCCUUGCUGACUUUGAAGAAGCAGACGUCUACAUUGACAAUGUUGGAAUCUUUUCCAAUGAUUGGAACUCACACAUGGACAGCCUCAAUUUGUCAGAACGCCAAACCUCUUGCCUAUUACUCUCGUAA